UUCGAUUUCAGUUCAAGUUGGUUUGGUCGGUCUGUGCUUGAGAAUUUUGUUACUUCAAUUCUUCUGCAGCAAUUUCAAUUCUUUUGGACAAUUUUGUAGUAAUUUUUAUUUUAUUGAGUAAUAGUAAUUUUGUAACGAGGAGGUACACUCUUAUGCAACAAUUUUCGUUAUUAAAUUAUAUUUGAGAGAAAACCGAUGUGAAUUACAAAAAACAUAGUAUCUUUCCUGAUUUUUUAUCUUAAUUAUGUAAAGUGAAUUGUACAGUUGAAAUUCUAUUGUGGAUUAUUUUGUUAACAUCUUACACCAAUGGCUGGAACUCGGCGUUUGCAAAAAGAAUUGAAUGAUAUGAGAAUCAACGGUUUGAAAUGUUUUAGAGAUAUUCAAGUGGAUGAAUCGAAUAUUCUUACAUGGCAAGGAUUAAUUGUACCGGAAAAUCCACCUUUCAAUAAAGGAGCAUUCAGAAUUGAAAUAAAUUUUCCAGCUGAAUAUCCAUUUAAACCGCCUAGGAUAAAUUUUAAGACGAAAAUUUACCAUCCCAAUAUCGACGAAAAAGGGCAGGUCUGUUUACCUAUUAUCAGUGCUGAAAAUUGGAAGCCAGCUACUAAAACUGAUCAAGUUAUUCAAGCCCUCGUUGCGUUGGUCAACGAUCCAGAACCAGAACAUCCUUUACGUGCUGAAUUAGCGGAAGAAUAUCUAAAAGAUAAAAAAAAGUUUUUCAAAGCAGCCGAAGACCAUACAAAAAAGUAUAGCGAAAAAAGACCAGCGGACUGAUGAAAAACUGGCUUUGAAUCUGGAAGCACCAACAUUCUGGCUUGUUGACUCUAGUUUUAUUAUUCACUACUAACUCGUUAUUGUUUUUUACAAAAUAAUGGUAAAUUACUCACGAAACAUGUCAAGAAAAAUAUUCUAUCGAUAUUAGAAAAGAAACUUUUGCUUUUCUAAUAACAAAAUCAUUAGUAAUUAUCAUUACUUAUUAUUUUUAUUAUUUUUUUUUGAAAUGUGAUAUCUAUUUAUAAAUUACGCAAAUGAUGUAGGGGAUGAGUUCAUUAUAAAUUCGAUAGCGAAAACGUGUUUUCUUUAAUCAGCUUGUUUCCAUGUGUAGUUUCUUUUUAUAAGAUAUUAUGUUUGUUGAAAUGAAGAUCCUCUUCGAAUUCUAUUUAGUGAUUGAUUGUUAGCCCUUUUCAUUUUCCGAUUAAGGGGUUAUUCCCAAUACAUAGUAGUCCAUUGUUUGUCUGCUAAACUUCUAGUUGAGAUUACAAAGCCAGCGGUGCAUAAAAUAGCUUCAAAUUAUAAAAACAUGUCUUUCAAGACAAUUGUUGGAAACCCAUGCAUGCAUUUGUUUGAAAACUACUAAACGUAUUGGCAAAUACAUGCAUAAGUUUCAAGAAACAGUCUUGAAAAAUUAAAAUUUCAAUUUUGAUAAAAAAUUCUGCGAAUGAGAUGAAAAUUUAUUCCCCAAAAUCGAGACGAACUUAGGCAAAUUGAGUACGCAAUUAUGUAUUGGGAAUUUGUAUUGCAAACUGGAUAUUUGAGAUUAAUUCUCUUCUGAAAUACCUCUUUACAUUAUCGUGUUGAAGAGCUUAUUAAAUAUAAUCCAUUGUAUAAUAGUGUUACUAGUUUUUACCCAUAGAAAUUAAAUUCAUUUUCUGAAAUUUUAGAUGAUUUUUGUUUUUAGUGCAACUUAAUCUCAUAUCAAUAAUUGUAAAUACAGCGAAUAGUGUAUGCAAGUGAAAUAAAUAGAUGAAUGAAUA